CCUUCUCCAUGCAUUACGAAACAACUCAAAAUAAAUCUUACAUGUUAAUGCGUGUGAACACUGACAAUCCAAUCACUCACUUACACGUCUACCCUCCAACUUAAUGCUCUAUUUAUACCCGGCUCGAGAUGGAUAAGCUUCCCCCACAUCCCUCGCCGGACAACAAAAACCAAAGGAAAGCAAAAAAGAGAGUAUUAAGCAGGAAGUAGUUAGUUACCCACAAAACACACACACAUACUUAAACGUUUUUGCGCAGCACAAGUGAAAGAUCAUAUGGCAGACGGCGCAGCUACUUGCAUAGAUAUUCUCUUGGCUAUCAUCUUGCCUCCUCUCGGUGUCUUCCUUAAGUAUGGUUGCAAGGUGGAGUUUUGGAUCUGUUUGAUCCUAACCCUUUUUGGGUACAUUCCUGGGAUUAUCUAUGCAGUUUAUGCUAUCACCAAGUGAUCAUCUUCUUCUACAUAUGCAUGGUGGAGAUUUUAUAAUCAUAUUUGAUUUCAUGGAGCAUUUCUAGUUUGGAGCAGUCAGACUCAGAUGGAUCGUUCUUGUGUGUCAACGUCUUUUUUCUUUUUCCUCUUUUCUUUUGUUUUGUUUUUUUUUUUAAAUUUCUGACAAUUUAUUUAAUUGCCCUUUUGUUAAUUUUACCUAUUAAUUCAGUGUAAUUAAAGAGGGUGGAUUUGUUGUCGGUAGGGCAAUGAGUUGCCCAUUAUCAUGUUUGAUGUUAGUGUCUCUUUGAAUUAUGCAAGUGAUGAUAUAUAUUUCUUUGUCA